AAAGAAUUUAUAAGUCGAAACGACGUAAUUGUUUGCAGAAUUGAAGUUGUCGUCAUGUUAGUCUCGUCACACCGACUCUUUGCUUAUUUGUAGCUACUAGGAACGCCUCCGUCUGUUUGUGACUAUGCAAAUUCAACAUUUUUUUAAAUCCGCAGAUAUCAGUUCUUAUUAUUGUAAGAUCAUUCAUCUUCAGCUGAAAAGAAGCGACUGACGAUUAUGCCAUCCAGCAAUAUUUAUUAACAAGCUUUUGCUAUUAUCAGCCAUCGAGCGGAAAUUAUGUGCAGAAGCUGUUAGUUAAGUUAGUUAGUAUUGCUUGGAAAAACGUUGUUAUAUGCGAAGCUAACUUGACAUUGGUUUAUUUUAUGUAAACAGUUUGCACAGAAAUGUGAGCACAACCUGAGUCGUUGUUCUGACUGAGAGGAGUAUGAUUACCUUGCUAAAAUUGAGAGUGAGUGAUUAAUACUCGAGCAAAAGGAGCCAUGAGUCAUUUUUUGCUCAUUCGAUAGUGGGCUAUUCGCAUAGGCUGCCAAUACUUUGACUGCAGUAAAUAAUUCGACAUAAAAUUUGGUGAAGAAAAGGAAGGAAGGAGUGCAAACCCACCAACAUCCUGUGUGUAUGUAAUAUGUAAUAUGGAUGUGGACGUUGUUUAUGUUGUGAAGAGGACGAAGGCAACAUUAUGCAUUUAUUUGAGGUGGUAACCAACCCCAGCGUGCAAAAUAUUUAGCACAAGAACAGACAGAGGGUAUAUUUUACACUGUACAUAUUUUGGACUCUUUGGUCGGUCUUUUGCAGAGUGGAGAGGAGACGAAACUGACAUUUUUGCAGACUUGGUUUAACACAAACAAGGGUUACAUACAGUGGUUUGGGUUCUAGCGUCUCAGCCUCAGUCCAUAAAACCUGGAGAAUUGGCCGGUAGUGGUGGAAUCGUCAGUGACCGAAAACAUAAGCGUUAUUGCCAAAGUUUUCAAGCGUUUUGGAAGAGAAGAUCAGAAUUAUAAAAAUGGAGAAAUCAUGGAAAAUCUCAACCCAAAGUGUGGCACUUGGUGUGCUCAUUUUGACAAUUAGAGCCUCGUUUGUCUCCUCCGGAGAAAUCUCCACAAAAAGUCUGCGUGGAAUAUUUCAGGAAACGAAUCUCGAAGUUUCCCGUGACCCCGCGACCUAUGAAGGGCGUCAAGGAAUCCAAAGUUUCUUGAGUUGGAGGUUGAGUUCCUUUGUCAGCACGGUCACGUCUUCAGGGAAAGCGGGUGGCGCUGAGCACAACCAGUUUUUGCAGCAAAACUUUGAAACCAAGGUAUUUCACACGCCAACGAUGGAGCGGAAUAUAACCGGCACCAACUAUUUGGUGGUGUUUCAUGGGUCCAAAAAUGCUUCAGAGGAUGCACCUUUGGUAAUUCUGGCCAACUACGACACGGAUGAGUCGGAGGUGAACCCGGUGGACGACAAUGGUUCGGGAAUCGUGGCCCUGGUCGCAUUGGCGGAACAUGUUUCACAUCAAAUUGUAACGGGGAAGUUGGUUUUGGAGAGGACGCUCAUUUUCGCAGCAACGGACAUGGCUCUUGGUAAAUAUGAAUACGGUCUUCCGGAUGGUGCCAGAACGGGGGCGGAGGCGUUGGUCCAACUCUAUUUGCCGCAAAUGAUGCAAGGUCGGUCUCGUUUUGGCGGUGCCAUUGUUCUCGACUCCAUCAUGAACUAUAACGACGAGGAGAGGUCGCAGUCUCAGUACGGCGGACUCUUCGACAAGGCAUUUCCACUCGCUUAUCAAGAAAUGUCCAAGCGUAACUUCAAGGGGGACUUUUUGGCCAUGGUUUUCCGAGACGAUGAGCUCGACACUCCUCUCGUCCAAGCGUUUGAACGUGGAUGGAGGUCAACCUCAAAGUCCAUGCGUUCCGAGGCCGAGGUUGACAUCGAUCCUGCUCUGGUUCGGUUUUCCUACACGCAGUCGACCUUCAACGCCCACGCCCCCUCCGCCAUCCACUUCCUCCACUCGGAACAGGCCCCGUUCUGGAACCACUUUGUCCCAGAGAUUCACAGAAAACUCCCCACGAAAGAGUUUCCAGCUCUCUUGCUCACCGACACAGAGAAAUACAGAAAGGCAGAAUGUGCCAGCUCGGGAUGCACAAUCACGAAAAUGGUAACCGACGCCCCAAAAAAUGUCGAGUUUCUCAAAAGAACAGUCAAUGCUUUGUACGCUACGAUUAUCGAUCUCCAAGUCGAUGGAAACAGAAACUCGGCCCCCACGACUGCUGGAUACUCGUCCUUAUUUUCCAUCGUCACUGGAAUUGUGAUGCAUCGAGUCUUAUUCUUAUAAGCGUCAUUGGUCAGACGUUAAACCCAGUCUAAAUCUAAUACUGAAAUACUUUGAAUCUCUCUCUGCACAAAAAUCAACUCUUAUCAAUUUAUCACAAGGAAUGCGCAACGUUAUUAAAAUUAUUUAUUAUAACUGGAAGAAAGAUCAUGGAGCAACGAAUGGAGAAAUAGUUGACAAUCUCAUUCAGAGCCAUAUCUGGUAAUAAUAUUGUUCACAUGUAACAAUUGUAUUCAAUUUGGCUGGCUUCAUUUUGUGUUUACGGAGUCAGAUAAUCCGUGACAUUCAAAAAACCACCCAAGUCUUAAAUGUUAAGCAAUACUGAUUAGUUGUGGUUAGUACAACAUGGUUAUUUUAAGGUAAAAUUCCAAGACGCUUAUUCCUAACAGCAGUUCCGCAUUAAAUAUUUAACAACGCUUCAUUGUAGCAAGGUGAUUAAACAAAAAAAUAGCAAUUAGUUAUAUCAGAUGUGCCUCAAAAUGCUAUUCAUAAAUGAAUAACACGUCUCAUGUAAAUCUUCGUCUAUAGUUAUUAUAAAAAUAUGACAUCAUGCGUACUUAAAAAUAUAUUUUUUAUAAUAAUACUGAGUAAUAAAAAAUAACAAAAAUUA